CUCCUCUGUUUAUUUCUCGCCGGACUGAUAUGAGACUCACCAACUCCCUCCCCGACCUCCAUAGCCACCGCCGUAACCAACCACCGGAGACCGACGACUCUCAACUCCACCACCACCUUCAGACUUCCGUCUUCCAUCCACCUUCCUUCUCCUCUGAUGAUUUCCUCGACCAAAUCCUCUCCACCGCUCCCUCUCCCUGGGAACUCCCCAUCGGACUUCCAAAUCCCCACUCCAACCUCCCUCCUCAGCCACCGCCGCCAUCUAAUCCUGACAAUGUCGCGUUUCAGAUCGGCGACGCAACUCCAGCGGGCAAAAUGGCCAUGGCCUUGCUUCAACAGCAGUUACUCAUGUCGAGAGGAAUCGCCACCGUCUCCGAUGAUUCCAGUCUCCUUCCAAUGCUUAGUAACGACGUCGUUGAUGUCGAAGGCUCUUCGUCCUUCAAAUGCCCUAAUCCGAUUAACCACGGCUCUAUCAUUCCCUCAAUCUUCAACGAAUUCACCGGGUUUCUGAACGCCUCUGGUUCCAGCCAGAACCAGAAUCAAUUUCAGGCAGGAAAUUCAAAUUCACAGAAACAGAACUUCAUAGCUCCGGUAUCAAUCAAUCCUCCACCUCCGUCUGUCCCUGGCUCCGGCGGUGGUUCUGCAACAUCAGCUCAGCCCCGGCAGAGAGUCAGAGCUCGGAGAGGACAAGCCACAGAUCCUCACAGUAUAGCGGAAAGAUUACGAAGAGAACGAAUUGCAGAGAGAAUGAAAGGUCUGCAAGAACUGGUUCCCAACGCGAACAAGACAGACAAGGCUUCAAUGCUGGAUGAGAUCAUAGACUACGUAAAGUUCCUUCAGCUUCAAGUCAAAGUUCUGAGCGUCAGCAGAUUGGGCGGUGCCACCGCCGCCAUGCCUUCCCUUCUACCCGAUUCUUCCACUCAGGGUGGCACUGAUUGCAACUUGUCCAACGAAACCGGUGGGGCUGUUGGACAGACCUCUACCGGAGGUCCGACGAGUAACGACACGAUGGCGAUAACGGAGAACCAGGUGGUGAAGUUAAUGGAGGAGGACAUGGGCUCCGCCAUGCAGUACUUACAAGGCAAAGGCCUCUGCCUCAUGCCCAUCUCUCUCGCCACCGCUAUCUCUGCUGCCACGUGUCACAGCCGCCCCAUCACGACAUCGAAGGGCGGAGGAGAUGCCCCCACUUCUCCCAGCCUCUCGGCGUUGACCAGUCAGUCAACCGUCUUGGGUAACGGCACCGUCGACAGAGCGGUCAGAGACUCUGCCUCCGUUUCGCGGCCGUGAGUUGACGAGAUUAUGUAAACGGAGAAUCGAACGUUGACUUGGUAAGCCAAUGCCGACUAAAGUCUAUGGAAAUAUGGCUCCUCUUUAGUGACUCAAUACGGCGCCGUAUUUGCCUAGCCUUUAGUAGGGAAGAAAUUGUAUAUUCCCUUUUUUUUUUCUUUAUUAAAAAUUAAGUGUUUUUUUUUU